GGGAUCAAGCGCAGUAACCGACACAAGGGACGCUCACAAUCAGUCCUCGCCGUCUCGCCGUCGCGGUAGGAGACAUGGCACAUUCGUCCUUACUUCUUUCAUGUUACGCGUAUCUUAAAAAGAGAGAUUAUUAGAAGAUUAUUAGACGAUUUCGUUUAUUGUACAAUGGACAUGGCUCCUUUUUCUACGUUUUGAAAUUAAAGGGAUACUAAGACAGCCAUUUUGGAUCUAAUCAUCGAACAUUUCGACUAGCGAAGUUAGGUAAAAUAUUGUAUUUUGAAGGCAAAAGUUAAAAAAAAGAAAAAGUUAUCGAUCUUAUUCAUAAGAUUUCAUUAAUUUUUCAUUUGAUCAUUAACCUGAUUAUUUGAACUCAAUCGAAAAAUUCCUUUCUCCGAAAUUAUAUUAAAAAUUUCUCGAAGGCAAAGUUUCAAGAAAAUUAUUAUUCCGUAUGAACUAGAGCACUUAGACUCCCAUAAUAAUUUCGAACAGUUCUCAGUUUAAAGAGUACCCAGAGAGUUCUUUCUGGAUUAAGAAGUGAAUAGAGAAGAAGUAAGAAAACGAAAAAGAAAAGGAAAGAGAAAAAAGAAGAAGAAGAAGAAGAAAAGCGAAUCAGGAAUUCAGUUUGUCGGGAGGAGAAGAUUCUUGAUAACGAUUGAUCGAUCGAUUAAUAGAUCGAUCUCUCGUGUUUAAGAGAAAAAAAAAAGAGGAGGAGUAGUAACACGUUCCUGAUCGUUGAUAAGAGCUGGAGAAGAAAAAAAACGGAUUAAUAUCGAAGCAAUUUCUUUUCCCAGCCAGCCAUAUUGGAUUUCGUUGAGGUUGCUAAAGUAAAAGCGGAUAUCCUUUCUGCUGGUACCUGGUAAUGCCUUGCCUUCCUGAAUUGACGAGCAAGUAGGUAGUCGCUGAAUAAAAAAAAGAAGAAAUAGAGAGAAAGAGAGCAAGUGAAAGAAAAAAAAAGAAAAAAUAAUACGCCGUCGGCCACGGCCACCGUCGGCGACCGACAAUAUGGCCGACCAUGAAAGAAUCAGAUUGGUCGUCCUCGGUGGCGCUGCUGUCGGUAAGAGCGCCAUUAUACGUCGUCUAUUAGGACAAGGUUUUAGUGAGAGAUACAGGCCAACUGUCGAGGAUUUAUAUUCAAGAGAAUGUGUUCUUGGAAAUCUAACUCUCAAAGUCGAUCUUCUCGACACUACUGGGGACUUGCAAUUUCCAGCUAUGAGAAGAUUGAGCAUAGCCACGGCACAUGCUUUUCUUCUCGUUUAUGCUAUAACAUCGUCGCCCAGUUUUGAAUGUGUUAAACGAUGUUUCGAAGAAGUUAGAGAACAACGUACGGACUUCCAGGAAGUACCAAUAGUGGUAGCUGGUAACAAACAUGAUCUCGCUUCAACACGUAGAGAAGUACCGAUCGAGGAUGUAAGCGAAUGGCUUUUCUGCGAAUUACCAAAACUUCGGGCAAAGGUGAUGGAGUGUUCGGCUAAAGACGAUUACAAUAUAAAGGAUAUAUUUAGGUGUUUCGUAACGCUAUCAAGAAUCGUACCAAAAAAUCCAACCGGAGAUUCUGACGAAUCAGGAUUAAGAAGGAGAUGUUCGGCUUAUGGUUCACGAAGAUCCGGCAGUCCAGGAAGCAGAUCAGGAAGUGCUGGUUCAGGAAGUCCUCAACCACAAUUGGUUGCGACCCAAAAUGUCAAUGUGGUAACCACAACGGAGGAAGUAAAAAGCAAACCUCGAAGUCGUAGUUUGAUCAGACGUGCCUCGAGAAAAACAAAGCAACAAAUUCGAGACUCUCAUGCGGAUGACUGCAAUAUUUCUUAAAGCGAUUUAACAAAAAAGAAAAAGGAUACAUAAUGAAAGAAAGAAAGAAAAAAAAGAAACGAAUGUGAUGUCACGUUCGUUCUUUUUCGAAAGAUAAUCUUGUCGAUCGUCGACUCGCCGAACUUGUUAUUAAUCAAAAUCAGAGAGGAUAGAUCAGGAUAGAGAGUCUCGUAGUUAAUGAAAAAAAUGGAUCUCUCAAAUUUUGAAGAUUUGCAGAAAAUAAA